AUGGGAAAUAAAGUAUCGGCAGAAGCGGUGAACAUAUCAUCCCCCGUUCAAGAUGGAAAUCCACCACCUGAAUGCCCUAUGCAUAAUAAGGCGGAAAAACCCAAAAGCACAGAUGCACGGCCAUCGGAAUGUCCUGUUCAACACGAUAACAGCAUUAAUCCAUAUAACAUGAUGCCGCCAGCGAACCAACAGCCAGCUCCCGAUCAACCAUUUCAACUUCCAACUCAAAGACAAGUAUCUACUAUUCCUCGCGCCAUGCCUGAUGGUUCCACAGAAUUUUGGGUAUAUCCCAGUCAACAGAUGUUUUGGAAUGCAAUGCUACGAAAAGGUUGGCGCUGGAAAGAUGAAGACAUAAAACCAAAAGAUAUGGAUGAUAUAAUUAAAAUACACAAUGCCAACAAUGAGCAAGCUUGGCAAGAAGUUUUAAAAUGGGAAGCAUUACAUGCAAAAGAAUGUGGGCAUCCACGACUUAAGAGCUUUGGUGGUAAAGCCACUCAGUAUAGCCCUAGAGCUCAAAUGAGAUCACUGUUAGGCUAUGAAUUGCCUUUUGAUCGUCAUGAUUGGAUUGUAGACAGAUGUGGAAAAGAUGUUCGAUACAUUAUUGAUUAUUAUGAUGGUGGAGAAGUAGAUAAUAAGUAUCAGUUUGCCCUGUUAGAUGUGAGGCCAGCAAUGGAUUCUUUUGAGAAUGUGUGGGAUAGGAUGAAGGUUAUGUAUAUGAGAUACCGCUUUGAGUUAUUGGGAAAUAAAGAAAAUCCUAAAUUAACUAAUUGA